CUUGUCAGAAGAUAUUCCCUGUAGUAAGUAGUCCAGUUUGGCGCGAGAUUCACGGCCGAGCAAACGUGCCCUAGGCUCGUUAUCCGUUAUCAUUCGAGAGGCGAUACAAUGCAAAGUGUACUUCGAAUUGUCUAGUUCUAAAAAGUUUUCGAUAAAAUCAACCUCUUCAGAUUAUAAGAAACAAAGAAUAAAACACUUCAUGUAAUAAAGAAUCCUAUAUUCAGUUAGUUUCUUUAAAGUUGCGAAACUUUUUGAAGAUUUUGAAAAUGUUUUUGUUCCUGCUUUGUCUGCUAUUGAUAACAUGUGGAGGAGGUGCGCAACUAGGAGAUAUUGACAAUUGUGAUUCAAAUGAAUUAAAAGUGUGUGUGGAUUUGAUACCCAGGACGCCGGUCGGCUUGCCCCGGACAAGAGAGGAUCUCGACCUUCACUGCUCCGCAUAUCAAACGGGUAUGGCGUGUAUGGACUCUUGGAUCAAGCGGUGCCUGCCCACUGACGGACAGAAGCUGGUCCAGCAGCAGAUAGGUGGUGCGCGCGCGCUGAUGCGAUUCCUUUGCACCAACGAAACUGCACUGAGAAGAGAAUUCCUGAAAGAGUUAACGUGCUGGGGCCGAGUGUCACCGGACUGGUCCCGCUGCGUGGACGAAUUGCAGGACGCGGUUCGCGAAAUCAGCGAAAGGGCUCAACAGUUGACCUACUUCAACAGAAAUGCUGAGCUCUGCUGUGCAAGAGACGCGUUCAUCAUGUGCGUAGGUCACGCGGGGCGGUCUUGCUCAAACUCAGCCAGCACGCUGCUCAGGCGGAUGGCCUGGGUCCUCGCUCAAGACGUGGCGGCGUGCAGUCAACAGCCGCGCGCCUACUGCUCAGCACCACCACCGCCGCUUACUACGCCGCUACUGACAGCUCUAUAUGGCAUGAUAUUGUAUCCGCCAAGAUUGUAAAAUGACGGUUUAAAUUUUUAUAAGCAUAUUAUUGUUAAAAAUAAUAGAAUUUGGACAAAUUAUUGAUUCGACCAGAUAAGGUUAUAAUAUAGUGAUAUUCUGGAUCAUGAUAUGAUGAAAACAGAAAUACGUCGACGUUGGUAUUCGGUAAUCAGCAUCUCGGUGUAGGUUAGCCUAAAGCCAAUAAACUUUGCCAUAAUAUUAAGAUAUUUUUCGCAUCAAAGAUUUCUUUAUAAAUUGCUAAAAUGGCAAGGAUAUCCUUGAAGACAGUGUUAGCGUGUUUGACGGUACGUUAAGUUUUACUAAAGUCAGCCAGCAUGCUGCUAUGACGGAUGGCCAGGGUGCUGGCUCAAGAAGUGGCGGCGUGCAGUCAGCAGGCGCUCACCACCCCGCUGCUAACAGCUCUGUACGGCAUGAUAUUGUAUCCGCCAAGAUUAUAAAGUGUCAUUUUUAUUUUAAUAAAGCAUAAUGUAUUUAUAAGUAAAAAAGAUGAUUUAGGACGAUUCAUUCAUUUGUUAGAAAUCUAAAAGAUUAGAUGCUUAAGAUUCGACCAGGUAAAGUUAGAGUAUAGUAACAGAUAUUGCGGGUCAUGAAAUGAUGAAAACAAUAAUCGCCGACAUUUUGGUUUUCAGAAAUCAGCACCUCGGCAAUUAUGGUACCUACGUGAAGUUUUAAUUAAAUGCUGAAUAUUAAUUGCAUUAUUGUAUAUAGGGUUAAGUACGAUUAGGUAGAUUAAUAGUGUUGUUACCAAGAAGGAAUACGCCCCGCCAUGUUAUAAAAUAGUUAUAAAAAAAGAAACAUCAUCAACAAGAAAUGUUUAAUCAAUAUUUGAUUUGCGUUAAAACAAUAACUUAAUGAAAAUGUUAUAAUACUAAAGCGCAAUUACUAAUUCAUGUAAUUUAAGCAUCAAGGUAAUUAUGUUAUUUCGUGUUUUUAUUAAGAACUGUAUGAGAAAUAAUACCCAUGUUUUAGUUUGCAUGUCUUAGUUCUAAGUUCGAUUACUUUUCAACUGAUUAAAGUACCUAAGAUCAGCAACCCAAGACUAGGUUGGAUUUCAGUUAAUGGCUGUUGUAGUUUGCGUUUGUACUGAGCGCGAAAGGACUUAGACCACAAAAUAGAUAGUACAGAAGGGACUCUGUUUGUGUACUUUAUUUUUCAUACCUACGUGCGGCGGUCGCGCUAGGAUUUAAGAAUAUUAUGAUCAACAUUGUGCACAAAAAAAAAUACAGGAGUUUCACCAACAAAACACCGACUAUCUCAAGAGCACUUUUUAUUCAUUCCAGCCACAGACAGAAUAGUUAAUUAACUAGUUACUACAUCAAAUGUCAAACCAACGUUGCCAGAUUACUUCCUUUUACAACACUUGUACGUACACAGUUGUUAGAUUUAUUGUUAAGAAUGAAACAGGAAGAAUGGGAAUAUACAUCAAUAAUAACUAAAUUUAAAUGUUAUCGUUAAAAUGAAAAAAGAAAAUUCACCGUUUUAUUACUGUUCAAUAAUUCAAACAACAGUCACUGAACAGUUAUUAUAGCCUUUUAUGUUACUCCAUUCACAUUACAAUAUAUUUCACAGACGUGUGUCUCAAGUGGAUGGAACUCGCGCUGGCACUGGUCCCAAGCAGGCAAUAUCGUUUCCGUGAGCGGUGUCUAUGUGUGUGUUGCUUGCGUUGCUCGAGCGCACUUUGAAUGUGAAUUGCCUUCUGUACUAUUUAUUUUGUACUUAGGACUUGUAACAACUAUAGCCUAAGCCGAUCAAACUUAACUUACAUAAAUGAUUUACAACAAAUGAAACAGUUGUGUGUGAGAUAGUAGUAAUAAAAUAUUACUAAAUUUUGUUAAAAUUAUUAUUUCCAUAUCAUUGAUAAAUAAAAAAACCGUCAAUAUACGUACUAAAAGCUUAGAUGUGAAAAAAUAUUAUAGAGAUAUAGAUAUGAAAAGGAAAAUCUUAGCGCAAAUUAUACACAGUAUAAAUAUUUGAUUGUAUAUCAAUGAUAUUGCAUUUUUAUAAUAAAACUAACCUUUUUUUAUAUAAAUACAAUAUCGGGUCGUUCGGUUUUUUGAUAUACUCAAUUUACCUAAUUUAAAAAAGUCGAAAACCUGACUGCUAAUAAGAAUUCAAAUUACAUAUAUUACUCCAAGUAACACUGAACAGAAAAAAGGAAGUCCAGUGCUCUAUAAUUCUUUUAAGUAAGGAACUAAGUUACAUUAACAGUCGGAACCCAUUAAUGAUAAAAAAAAAUUAAAUAUGUAAUGUGUCCCGACUAUCAAAUUAGCUUAGUUCCUUCCUUAACAGAAUUAUAGACUACUGGCUUUUUUCUUAGCAGUUUUUAUAUGCAGUAAUAUAAAAGCAGUGAUUUUUUUUUAAAUUUACUUUUUUUGUAGAACUAUACAUUAUAUGUCUUCUUCUUCGGCGCUACACUCUUGACAGAGUGGUAGAGGUCGUCACAUCAGGGUUGGUGGCGCGCUUCACAAUACGCCGCCAUUCGUCGCGAACUGCGGCCUUUCUCGUGCACUCGUGAAGUGGACCGUUCAGUGCCGCCUUUAUCUGGUCAGUUCAGCGCAUUGGUGGUCUGCCGCGCGCCCUUACACCCUCGACUUUGCCCAGCACCACCAGUCGUUCCACUGACGCAUUUUCUCGCAGUGAGAUGUGGCCAAAGAAAGUUAGAAUACGACCUUGUACGAUGGAAGAAAGACGGUGUUUGAUGGACAGUUCUUGGAGGAUGGAUGCAUGGGUUCGGAAUUGUGUCUACUGUAUGCCAAGCAUUUUCCUCCAGCACCACAUUUCUAGAGCGUCUAUCUUCUUUUUCUCACUUUCUCGCAAGGCCCACGUCUCAGCACCAUAGAGGAAUGCGAGAAACACUAAUGCCCUAACGAGUCGUGUUUUCGUGGCUUUUGUGAUGUUCCCGUUUCUCCAUAUUUUUUGAUGUUUGUCCAUAGCUGUCCUCGUGAUUGCCAUGCGCCGCUUGACUUCAUCUGCACAUCUACCGUUGCCCGAAAUCAGUGCUCCAAGGUAAAUGUACGACUGAACGACAUCGCAGUUCGCGAUUUUAGUGACUUCUGGCGAGUUGUAAUUAUCACGAUCGACAAGCAAAAUCUUCGUCAACAUUAUAUUUAUGUAACUUUUAUUGUUUUUGCAAUACAAGCCAAAAUAGCUCGCAGACGGGUGAUUUUUUUCCGUCUUACGUGACACUUAUUGUUAUACCAGGCCACUCAGAAAGUUUUGCGAAAAAAAUUUUUGGAACGAAAGUUCCUUACGGCAAGCUUGGAGGGGAUAGGGAUUUUGCUGCGCGACCGAACUGAAAAAAAUGUGAUAGUAAAACCGUAAGAAAAAAUGCGUGGAAUAAAACCGUUAAAUGAGACGUGCGCAGGCGCGACGAAGUUCCUUACGGCAGGCUUGGAGGGGAUAGGGAUUUUGCUGCGCGACCGAACUGAAAAAAAUGUGAUAGUAAAACCGUAAGAAAAAAUGCGUGGAAUAAAACCAUUAAAUGAGACGUGCGCAUAUUGGGUGGUAGAGCGACGAGGGUGCAUCACUGAAAUAUUGUGAUACUACAACAACAGUGAAUAUGUGUGAAGUUAUAGGGGGUGGUAGAGCGAUAAGGGUGCAUCACUGAAAUAUUGUGAUAUUACACCAACACUGAAUAUGUGUGAAGUUAUAGGGGGUGGUAGAGCGACGAGGGUGCAUCACUGAAAUAUUGUGAUAUUACACCAACACUGAAUAUGUGUGAAGUUAUAGAGGGUGGUAGAGCGACGAGGGUGCAUCACUGAAAUAUUGUGAUAUUACACCAACACUGAAUAUGUGUGAAGUUAUAGGGGGUGGUAGAGCGACGAGGGUGCAUCACUGAAAUAUUGUUAUAUUACACCAACAGUGAAUAUGUGUGAAGUUAUAGGGGGUGGUAGAGCGACGAGGGUGCAUCACUGAAAUAUUGUGAUAUUACACCAACACUGAAUAUGUGUGAAGUCAUAGGGGGUGGUAGAGCGACGAGGGUGCAUCACUGAAAUAUUGUGAUACUACACCAACACUGAAUAUGUGUGAAGUUAUAGGGGGUGGUAGAGCGACGAGGGUGCAUCACUGAAAUAUUGUGAUAUUACACCAACACUGAAUAUGUGUGAAGUUAUAGGGGGUGGUAGAGCGACGAGGGUGCAUCACUGAAAUAUUGUUAUAUUACACCAACAGUGAAUAUGUGUGAAGUUAUAGGGGGUGGUAGAGCGACGAGGGUGCAUCACUGAAAUAUUGUGAUAUUACACCAACACUGAAUAUGUGUGAAGUUAUAGGGGGUGGUAGAGCGACGAGGGUGCAUCACUGAAAUAUUGUGAUACUACACCAACACUGAAUAUGUGUGAAGUUAUAGGGGGUGGUAGAGCGACGAGGGUGCAUCACUGAAAUAUUGUGAUAUUACACCAACACUGAAUAUGUGUGAAGUUAUAGGGGGUGGUAGAGCGACAAGGGUGCAUCACUGAAAUAUUGUUAUAUUACACCAACACUGAAUAUGUGUGAAGUUAUAGGGGGUGGUAGAGCGACGAGGGUGCAUCACUGAAAUAUUGUGAUAUUACACCAACAGUGAAUAUGUGUGAAGUUAUAGGGGGUGGUAGAGCGACGAGGGUGCAUCACUGAAAUAUUGUGAUAUUACACCAACACUGGAUAUUUGUGAAGUUAUAUCAAGCUGUGGACCAGUAACGCCUGUGAGACAUGAUUAUGAUUACAAGGUGAGUACUUAUCAGGAGGUGGCAGAGCGACGGGGGUGCAUCACUGGAUUAUUGUGACAUUGUAGUUUAUUCUAAACUGUGGGCCAGUCCUGCCUAGCAUCCUUUACGAACGCUAGCGGGACAUGAUAAUAAGGUGCGUGGAAUAAAACCGUUAAAUGAGACGUGCGCAGACGCGACACUCGCAUACACAAGCGAGUUUGCAAUUUGUGUCGAUUCUACAUUAGCCGAAGGAACUUCGUUCCUACCUGGUGUCCCACGACACCACAUCAUUUUUUAUUUAUAAGACACUUGUAAAUAUUUUGAAAACUUUGAUUAUUUAAAAGUUGAAUCCACUGUUCGAAUUUUAAAUUUCCCUCUACAUUUUUUCGAGAGCCAAUUAAUUUUUUCUUGCCUCAUUAAAAAUGGAUCUGCAUCGAGAACAUUUUCGUGCUAUGAUUUUUUAGGAUUUUAAAUGUGGCUUAAAACCUGAUGAGUCAUUUGAUCGAUUUCGAACUGCUUUUAUGGAUGAAAGACCUUAAAAAGCAACCAAUCUACCGCUAGUGUAGCGAGUUCAAACGCGAUCGUCUUACUUUGGGGGAUGUACAAAGGAGUGGUCGUCUUACGACGGCUGUCACCAAAGAAACUGUGCUGAAACGGCUUGAAAAAAAAUAUUCAAGAAAACAGACAAUAUACGUACGAAGAGAUUCGGCAUACUCUGCAGACUGGUUUUUUAGUUUCUCCAAACUUUCUGAGUGUCCCACGUAUUUUGACCGAUUCACUCCAUAGUAUCAUAAAUUAUUAUCUUAUGCUCAAAUAUGUCAUUAGUAUGUAUGAGUUAUAUUAUUUUAAAGUUUCAUUAAAAUCCAUUUAGUAUUUUUUAAGUGAAAGAGUAACAAAGAUCCAUACAAACGUAAGAUUGAAAUUAAAAGCACAAGUGGUUAUUAUACAACUUUAAAUUUUUGUAGAUCCUAAACAGUCACAUAAAAUGAAAAAUGAUUUUCGAUUACCUAGACAAUGAUACUCGACAUAUUUUGUCAACUUAUUUUUUAUAUGGUCCGCAUUUUGAAUUUCGAUUAUAAUCAUAUCUUUAGUAGCACUCCCAUAAUAAAGACGAUUGGGUUGACGUAUGAAUUAUCAAAAUCGGUGCAGGCGUUUGGUCUAUAAUGUGCCACAAAGGGACAUACAUACAUGUAUAGACCGUUUAACACUAUAACCCUUUCUGCGCGUAGCUCUCCGCGCUAUUGCAUUGCGCAGUCUGGUAAAAAGGAACCAACUUGUUUGUAAUAUGAAAUGCAAAUGUAAGAUAAUGUUGAUAUAAGGAUAUUAAUUAUAUAACCAAUGUGUUUUCUAUAAAAUGAAAUGUAACUGGAAUCCACCAAAAGGUUGUAGUGAAUAAAUUAUUAUAAAUAUUUAAUAUUUACAUAUUCGUUCAGCGAUGAUUUCAUGUUUAAGAUAAUAAUAAAGGAACCACGCUCGUUAUUUAUUCACAUUAUAAACAAUUUCAGAUGUGACAAUGCAACUUUUACUAAGUAAAAGGAUACAUUCUUUUAUCCAUACAAUUCUGCCCAAUCUUGUACCAUAAGUUUGAUCAUGCAUUAUGUGUAGAAAAAUAUGCAGUUCUUUAAAAAUAUAAAUGCAAUUAAUUAUCCACUUUUACCACAUAAUUUUUUUGUUUAUACGUUUAUAUUAAUGGCAACAUAGACAAGUAUUUUAUGGUAAAUAGGCAUCCUUAAAUUAAUUAAAAUAAGCUAUAGAUAUCAUAAAAAAUAAACCUAUUCGGCAAAAGCUUGAAUAUACCGAAAUAUUAUAUUAUAACCCAUCGAAAUACAUAUAAAAUUACUGAAAGGGUUGGCUUAGAGGCUGUGUACGAUUUUUGUGUGCGAUUUAAUGUCAAAGUUACAAUGUGACAUAAGCAGUCACGUGAUUUUCGAUACAACCAAUCACAGUCAACAAAAGAAUUUCAACCAAUAGUGUGAGCUGUCAUUCAAUGAGAAAUUGCAUCUAGGUAAUAACGUUAAUUUUCUCUCACAGAUUCCCAAUUCAAUUCAAUUAAAGAUUUAUUGCAGUCCAUAAUAGAGAUAAGGUGGUUUAUUCAACAGAUAAAAAGUGUCUUUUUCAAAAUAUUUUAAUACAGAUUUCCACCAAUUUCUAUUUUCAUUGUGAUUUUGAUGCGUGAUAUAAUUUAGCUGUUCUUUACGUAUAAUUUAGCUGUUAAAAGAAUUUGUACCAAGGUACACAAUUGGGCAGAAAUCGAAGGCCUACUUUUGCCAUAAGAUAAAAAUGGCAACUUUUCCCCUAACUGUGGUUUGUAAAUCCUUAAAUAUAUUUGUAUAGGUAACAAUAUCUCUUUGUGCUACUCAUACUUGUAUAGUUCUAUAAAUAGUAGAUAUUGUUGUUGACAAUAUGAAUUACGAAAGUGAACGCUGUACCUAAAUACUUACUUUAUAAUUUACUGAACCUUAUAGUUUCUAAAAAAAAGCCAAUAUAACCUGGUACGUUUAAAUAAUUCACUGUAUGUACGAGUAUAUUGACUUACUAAGUUAAUGAAGAUUCACAAACGGCCAUAUUCGGAGAAUUCAAAUUAACUUUUAAGUUUGAUUAAAUUUGGUAUUGGGCCCAAUGCUGGUAUGAUUCUCAAAACGCAAAAGUAAAUUUGACAAUAGUCUCUCUUUUUCCUUCUGUAUAGAGUAAAAUAAAUAUACACUAUUCAAAUUAGGGUAAAUAUUUAGGUUUAGAGAAUCAUUGCAAAAUCGGGCCUACUGUAAUUAUCUUUAUGUUAUGUAGGUAUCAAUAGCUAUGAUUGAUUUUGAUAUCACAAAGAAAAUUACAGUAUAUUUGUCGUUGCUAAUACCCAAGCCGGGUGGAAGCAAUAACAAAUAUGUCAGUACGCAACCCAAUUUUUCAUCAACUAUAAUUGAAAGCUCUGAGUGUGACCAAAAGAGGCAUGAAAAUGAGUUAGUUAAUAUGAUGAAUUGAUAAUUAUCCUUAGUUUGUAUAUCUACAUGUUUUAAUAAAUUAUCCAAAAACAAUAAUGAUUUAGUGCAGAAGACAGCUCACGUAGCUAUGAAUUUAGAGUUUUAUUUUUAUCGAGUGUUGAUGAUUUGCGAUGAGCUGAAUAGUAAUUAAUUUGCAGUCCUGCAUCUGCUUGCUAAGUCCUACGUUAUUAUAAUUUGAGUAUUUUUUCUUAUGUGUGAAUGCAAAUAAACGACUUGUUAGGUACCUAUGCGUUAUGUAAAAAAACAUUUUUAUAAAAAUCAUGGCUAAUUAACUUAGAACAUUAAAGCGCAUAUUUAUCAUAGAGUAAGAUCCCAAGACUGCCAGACCUUACUUAUUUUCUCAUGGACAAAAGAUGGAUAAUCAAGUAGUAUUAGUAUGUACAAUGAACGUAUACAUACUCACUAAUUUUUGACGUGGGUCAAUUUUCAGAUAUCAGGUGGAACAGGCGCGUAAAAAUUUUACUCACUUUACUUACAGUUUGGGGCCUGCUUCUUAUGUAUGUUGUAGAGAAUAUUGUAAACAAUAUGAAAUUGAUACUGCCAGACACAUUCUGUCCGCAGUAUUUAUUGCCAGACACUUUAAAUGUUUAAAGCAUAAACACAAAUUUACUUACAGUCUGUGACAUGAUAUUUGUUGCGUAACCUCAAUGCACUCCGGGACGCCAACACUGAAUUUGACUUUUCUUUUGAAAGUUGGUCUACCAUCAAGUCAGCAUUAUUAUGUUAUUGUGAAAGUCUGACGGAUCAAUGGAGCAAUACUGGUUCCACUGACAAUGGGGACAGUGAUUGACAUUAAUUUUUGUUAAAACAUAUAAUUUUUAUUUGAAAUGCUUACCCUAUUUAUAGUAUAUUAUAUUAAUAAAAAAUCAGUGGUAGAAGGGUGAAAAUUUAGGGUUGUAUGUAUUUUUUAAUGCCACAAAAAAAUCCAAAAAAAUAAAUGUUAAGGAUAGACAACCCUUAUCACUUAGGGGUAUGAAAAAUAGAAAGUAGCCGAUUCUCAGAGCUACUGAAUAUGAAUAUAAAAUUUCAUAAAAAUCGGCCAAGCCAUUUCGGAGGAGUAUGGUAACUAACAUUGUGACACGAGAAUUUUAUAUAUAAGAUGACGUUGUAUGAUUUAUUAUGACAAUCAUUUAAAAUGAGUGAAACUGAAAAAUGUAAAUGUGUGAUAAAUGUAAUUGUUUUUCGUCGUUUUAUCACAAUAAAUAAAUAAUUAAAAAAAUGUCUAUGGUAUUUAGGGGGCUAUUAUUAUAUUUUGUAAACAGCCAGACCAAUCUUAUGGGCCAAAAAUUUCCUUAGCUGAAUUGGAUUCCACUGUGAGAAAUAGUAAUUAAGUGCCAUUUAAAACAGUUUCAUUAAAGUUAUCUUAUAGAUAGCGUAAAGGAAGACUUUUACAAUAAUUAAACAUUUUAAAAUAAGCAAAUUUGUGUUUUUUUUUGCUUUGGACAUUAAAAGUGUCUGGCAAAAAAACCGCAGACAGAAAGUGUCAGUAUGAAUUUUGAAUUAUUUUGAAUUAUCUUCAACAUACGGAGGCAUUAGUCCGCAGACUGUAAGUUAGGUGAGUAAUAUUUUCACUUUCCUGUGCCACCUGUUCCCUAAAAAUUAGCCCAUAGCACAAGUAAGCGAGUAUGUAUAUGUUCAUUGUACACACUGAUACUAAUCCAUUAUCCAUAUUUUGUCCAUAACAAAAUAAGUAAGGUCUGACAGUCUUGGGAUCUUAUACUAUCAAGUGGACUUGCAACCAUGGAACUUGAUAAGAUUAAAGUACUCGUAUGCCUGAUAUACAUUUAAAAUGAAUGCGCAAGUGUUCAUUAUGUUUAAGCUUGAAAAAAGUAUGAAACAAAACUGACUGUAAAUAAUUAAAACCAAUGCAAGGCGUGUAUUGUUUAUUUAGAACGCCGAACACACCGUUCGCGUAUUGCACAUAGAUAAUAACGAGUCAGCGCAAUAUUUUCUGUCAGUCGGUGUACGUUUUGUAUUCUCUCAGCGAAGAUAGAUCUAAUAGAAGUAAAAGCGAAAAAGGCUUUCAAUAUCUACUGCUGACUAAAGACACACGCUGCAUUUGCGUGUAGUGACUUCUUCAGUCUGCAGUCUACGAAGUAAGUAUUUCCCUCUCUUAUCUUGUAAAUUUAAAUAAUAAGUUGACAGGCUUGUAGUUUUUCUAGAAUACGAAGUUACUAAAAACUUUAAGUAAUUAAGAAAUAUUACCCCUGAUUGCGAUAAUAAGUAAGAGAAACGUUUAAAAGCUGUAUCAUAAGGAGAAGAAAAUCUUAGAUAGAGGAAAUUAAGUAUAAUUUUAUAAUUCAGAAAACGACAAUGUUGUAAUUAUUUAACACAUGAAUGUUGUAAUGUGGAAUUAAAUAAAGAGGCGUUACAUGUGUUGCUUAAUGUCUUUAUUAUUAAAUAACACCUUCUUUACUAACGUCUAAAAUUAGACAAGUGCGUGCCUGUCACCGUUCCACGUUGACGACGACGUCGUGACGUGGAGAUGUGGACAGGCGCUGACGCAACUUCCUGCGGUG